ACUGUACAGUGUCUAGCUGUCUGAAAGUGGGAUGAUCCACAACUUUAAAACACUUGGCUUUAAGCAGGAAACGAUACUUUGGUUACGGUGUAAAUUAGGUCGACAGUGACUUUAUAAAUUAGGCUUCUCCACAUCGGAGGUUAGUGGGAAACAUUUCGAGGAGAAAGUGAAAAAGGGAGCUUUGGGAUGCUGGUUCCUCGCGCGCUGCGUUCCCUGCUGUGCGUACUGAGCUGCGCCUGGCUGCGCACCGGAGCGGCCUCGAGGCUCAAGGCUCCGGCUCUGCCCAUCCAGUCAGAGAGAGAACCAGUGCCCUCCAAAGGCUUGUCAGGAUGCUCAUUUGGAGGCCGAUUCUACUCUCUGGACGACACAUGGCAUCCAGAUUUGGGUGAGCCCUUUGGUGUCAUGCACUGUGUCCAGUGCCACUGCGAACCUCAAAAGAGUCGUCGUGGCAAAGUACUGGGGAAGGUAAACUGUAAGAACAUAAAACAGGACUGUCCAGACCCAGACUGUGAUGAUCCCGUCCUUCUGCCAGGGCACUGCUGUAAAACCUGCCCUGAAGAUAACAGUGACAAGAAACAGACGGACUCUGUGCUGGACCCCUUUGAGUAUUUCCAUGAGAAGAGCAAAGAGAAGGAGGAUGACCUCCACAAAUCGUACAAUGACAGAUCCUACCUGAGCUCUGAGGAUGUGGGCCCUGAGGAGAGCCGCACUGACUUUAUAGCGGUGUUGACAGGGGUGACAGACUCAUGGCUGCCCAGCUCCAGUGGAGUUGCCAGAGCCCGCUUCUCUCUGACCAGAACCAGCCUGGCUUUCUCCAUCACAUACCAGAGAAUGGGCCGUCCCAGUAAAAUAGCCUUCCUGGAUUCAGAUGGGACCACAGCUUUUGAGUACAGGGUCUCCAAGGGACAGUCAGACAUGAUCUGUGGAAUAUGGAAGAACCUAGCUAAACCCCUAAUACGACAGCUGCAGUCUGAGCAGAUGCGCAUCAGAAUGACCACGUUGAUGAACAGAGGAGAAGAAGUGGAAGGGAAGAUCAUCAAACACAGAGCACUGUUUGCUGAGACAUUUAGUUCAACUCUGACCUCCGAAGAAGAGAAUUCAGGCAUGGGAGGCAUCGCCAUGUUGACACUGAGUGACACAGAGAGCAAUCUUCACUUCAUCCUCAUCCUCCAAGGCCUCAUCAAAGACAAAGAUCCCCUUUUGGUGCCUAUCCGGGUCCAGCUUGUAUACCGCCAGCACAUCCUGAGAGAGAUCCUUGCCAACAUCACCUCUCAUGAUCCAGAUUUUGCUGAGGUGCUGACAGACCUGAACAGCCGCGAACUGUUCUGGUUAUCUCGUGGCCAGCUGGAAAUCGCCGUGGCGACUGAGGGUCAGGAUCCUCGACAAAUCUCUGGCUCCAUCACCGGUAGAAAAUCUUGUGACACUAUUCAGAGUGUGAUGUCCAGUGGUGAUGCACUGACCCCGGGGAAGACAGGAGGCGUGGGCUCUGCCAUCUUCAGCCUUCAUGAUAACGGCACACUGGACUACCAGGUUCAGGUUGCAGGUCUCACCAGCGAUGUGGUUGGGCUCACUAUUGAACUGAAGCCAAGGCGACGUAACAAGCGUUCUGUGCUGUAUGACCUGACCCCAGAGUACAACAAGGCCACAGGCCGGGCGGUAGGUGGCUGGAGUCGCAUGGAGGCCCGACAUAUCCACAUGCUGCUGCAGAAUGAACUCUUCAUCAAUGUGGCCACAGCACACAGCCAGGAGGGGGAGCUGAGGGGGCAGAUCAAGGCUCUGCCGUACAGUGGCCUGGAAGCACCCAGACAUGAGCUGCCCACCCCUCUGGCUGGCCACUUUGUGUCUCCACCAGUAAGAACAAGUGCCUCUGGUCAUGCCUGGGUGUCAGUGGACAGACAGUGCCACCUACAUUACGAGAUUGUUGUUGCGGGCCUCAGCAAGACUGACGACCUCACUGUGAACGCCCACCUCCAGGGACUGGCUGAGAUCGGAGAGAUAGACGACAGCAGCACUGCGCACAAGAGGCUGCUGACCGGCUUCUACGGAUCACAGGCUCAGGGAGUGUUAAAGGACAUCAGUGUUGAAUUACUACAACACCUGGACCAGGGAACAGCCUUCAUCCAGGUCAGCACCAAGCUGAACCCUCUAGGAGAAAUACGUGGGCGGGUCCACGUGCCAAACAACUGUGAUCUUGGGACUAGGGGGGAGGUGGAGGAGGCUGAGUUUGAUGACCUCUUUGUGAAAGACCCAGAAGAACUGAAGAAAGACCCCCAUACCUGCUUCUUUGAGAACCAGCACCAUGCUCAUGGCUCCCGCUGGACGCCCAGCUACGACAAGUGUUUCUCCUGCAGCUGCCAGAAGCGAACAGUGAUAUGUGAUCCAGUCAUUUGUCCAGUGUUGACCUGCCCCCGAACCAUUGAGCUUGAUAGCAAGUGCUGCCUUGUCUGUGAUGAUAGGAAUGAUUCCAGAGACAUGAAAGCUCCAGAGAGGAUGGAAGAACAUCCUGAAGGUUGCUACUUUGAAGGAGACCAGAAGAUGCACGCUCCAGGGACCGCAUGGCAUCCCUUUGUACCUCCCUUUGGCUACAUUAAAUGUGCUGUCUGCACUUGCAAGGGAUCUACAGGUGAGGUGCACUGUGAGAAGGUGACAUGUCCAGUGUUGACCUGCAGUCACCCUGUGAGACGUAAUCCCUCUGACUGCUGUAAGGAGUGCCCAGAGGAAGAGAGGACUCCUACAGGCCUGGAGCAUGGCGACAUGAUGCAAGCAGAUGGCCCGAGGCACUGCAAAUUUGGCAAGAACUAUUACCAGAACAGCGACAACUGGCAUCCCUGGGUCCCGCUGCUGGGGGAGAUGAAGUGCAUCACCUGCUGGUGUGAUCAUGGUGUGACAAAGUGUCAAAGGAAGCAAUGCCCGCUACUGACCUGCUCCAACAUCACCCGCAGAGAGGGCUCAUGCUGUCCUGAAUGUACUGAUUCUAAAGAGGAAGACAAUCUGAUGAUGAAAGUGCCAGACAAAAGACGAACCUGGAGACACUGAUCUAUGGAGACCUACCCAAAAACCCCAAACCCAUCUUUACCUGUUUAACCUCCCAACUGGACCCAAACCCAGAGCUGCACACUGGGGUCUUCCUACCUGUCCUCCCUCCUCACCUCAUACCCACCCUGUUAUCAGCUUCAGGAUUGUAAUGAACAGAGAAGAGCGAAGACAAAGGCAUGGCAAAACAGACUCAUUAAGUGAAGGAAUGAUACAAUGAAGAGGACCAACCAGACUUUACAAACCUGCUGCCUUUUGCUUCCUGUCUUCCAUUUUUGGUGGAACUUUUUCUUCCUCUGUUUUUCAAAGCACCUCAAAAGGAGAAAACAGGUAGAUGUAGCUGUGUAACGCAAGUGAUCAACUGGAUUCUUUUGCUGGUGUUGUUGAAAGAAGUCCAGCUGGAUUUGAAAUGUAAAGGUUGUGUUUCAUUGACAGGACUUCAUUCUGAAGUACAGCCAUAGCUAAUGUCACUCUCGCCGCCUUCACUGGAUACAGUGAGGAAAGUGUUGCUUACAUGUGUGUGAAUGUGCAUGUGUGUGAGCAUGUGUGUGAUUUAAAAAAAAAAGUUUUUAACCAGUAAUGAAUAUGAGUGAACAGAAAUACAGAACCACAGUAGCUUUAAUGGGUGGCCACAUAUGUUGUUACCCAACUCUUCAGUCAGUCUGCAACUUAUACUUCCCCUCAAAUCAGUCACUCGGUCAGUCACACACUGUAGGCGUCAGGAUCAGUUCUGUUUCACUGGAUGAGCAGCGUGAACACAUCUCACCUUGCCACCAUUUCCCAGUGUAACACAAACAUGAGCUUUGGCUUCACCUCCUGUUGGUCACAUCACUUCUCUGCUUCAGUUGUUCCUAUUUUUGUUUCAAAUUAAAUAAUAUUUUAUGAGGUUUUCUUUUAUCGAUUUUGUUUAAGAAUAUG